CCAGCACCGAAGAAUUACGUAAAAUUUCUGUGCGCUGGUUAUCCGCACCAGGUUACAUUUUGCAGGUGCCGGGAACGGGCUCCAGAGAAGCUUUUGUUGCAGACUGUGUAGUGACUCUAGACCUCCACCUCCCUCCUAGAUGGGAUUGCCAGAUAAAAUACAAGGCAACCAAUUCAAUUCGAAUGUCAGAUAAACAAAGAGGUCACCCAAAAUCGUUCACGUUAUUAGUCGUUACGGGAAGGUGGGGGAGAACUGGGAAAGUUUUCGAAACAGGCAGUGGUGAUGGUUGCAGGAGGUUGUGAAUACACUGAAUGCCACUGUAGUGUAUACAUAAAGUGGUCAGCAUGGCAAAUUUUAUGUUUCAUCACGAUUUUAAAAAAUUAAUAUACCAAACACUCUUAAACGGGCGGGUUGUGUGGUGAGUUAUAUUUUAAUGAUGCUGAUAAAAGGUGAUUCUUUGCCUAUCUGAAAUGCAGAUCAAGUGGGCGCCCUGUACUUUUACUUGCUAACUGUGGCGACCCUGCUGCUGUGGAACAGAUACCCUGCCCUGUUCACGGAAAGAGCGCCUCGCACACAGCUGCCUAUUCUUCGCCUCGCCGCGCGGCGGCACUGUGGGCGCCGGGCGCCGGGCCGGCGCGGCCUCUCUGCGGGCGGGAGGCGGGGCUGCGCGGUCGCACUUCCGCGUGUGUGUAGACGCGGGGUAGGACAGGCGGCGGUGGCGGAGGCCGGGCAUGGAGGAUGGCUCCGCUUCUGCUGCAGCUGGCGGUGCUCGGCGCGGCGCUGGCGGCCGCAGCUCUGAUUCUGAAAUGCCACACCUUCAUCGCCAUGAAGAAGAGAAGUUCUUCUUAAAUGCCAUAGGCCAGAGGGAAGCCUUACCUAGCAUACGGGACUCGCCUACCAAACAGCUUUCUGUUGUCGUGCCUUCAUACAAUGAAGAAAAACGGUUGCCUGUAAUGAUGGAUGAAGCUCUGGGCUAUCUAGAGGAGAGACAGAAACAAGAUCCUACGUUCACUUAUGAAGUGAUAGUUGUUGAUGAUGGCAGCAAAGACCAGACUUCAGAGGUAGCUUUUAAAUAUUGCCAGAAAUAUGGAAGUGACAAAGUACGAGUGAUAACACUGGUGAAGAAUCGUGGGAAAGGCGGAGCUAUCAGGAUGGGUGUAUUCAGUUCUCGAGGGAAAAAGAUCCUUAUGGCAGAUGCUGAUGGAGCCACGCAGUUUCCAGAUAUUGAGAAAUUAGAGAAAGGACUGAAUGAUCUACAGCCUUGGCCUGAUCAAAUGGCUAUUGCAUGUGGAUCUCGAGCUCAUUUGGAAAAAGAGUCAAUUGCUCAGCGUUCUUACUUCCGUACUCUUCUCAUGUACGGGUUCCACUUUCUGGUGUGGUUCCUUUGUGUCAAAGGAAUCAGGGACACACAGUGUGGUUUCAAAUUAUUAACUCGAGAAGCAGCGUCACGGACGUUUUCAUCUCUCCACAUUGAACGAUGGGCAUUUGACGUAGAACUGCUUUACAUAGCACAGUUCUUUAAAAUCCCAAUAGCAGAAAUUGCUGUCAACUGGACUGAAAUUGAAGGUUCUAAAUUAGUUCCAUUUUGGAGCUGGUUACAGAUGGGCAAGGACCUACUUUUUAUACGACUUCGAUAUUUGACUGGUGCCUGGAGGCUUGAACAAACCAGGAAAGUGAAUUAGGUUAUUUGCCAGAUUUGAUUGUAUUCUUACACAUCAGUGUCACAUUAUUUCAUUUGAAAUUAAAAUUUUAAAUAAAGCUAGAAUAAAACCUG